CAACAUAUGAGUCGUUCUAUAGACGAUUCAGCUUUACUCCAGCAGCCAAUCCAAACAGCAGCUCAGGGAGUAGCAAGUGUUGUUGGCUAUUGGCAGAAAUCAACUUCUGAAGUCAAAAAUCUUCUUGCAAAUGAAUGUGAAAUAAUCCUGGAAUGCAAGUUUUGUCGGAGUUUCUAUAGGACAAUCAGGGAUUUCUUGUCCCAUAAACGUCAGUAUUGUCGUACCCUUCUAGUUCAGCCGAAUCUUAAGGCGUCAAAAGCAGCCCUUGAGAUUGUUGAGCAGGCUCGAGCCCAAAUUGCUAAUGAAAAUGUGGCAAAGGGUUUGCUUAAAUUUUUCAUGACAUUUAAACAGUCUUUUUUAUAGGC